AAAUACAAAAUGGAGGAUUCAGGAGGUGGGUUGCUGUUGUUAUCAUUUCAUCGAGAGCUUGAACAUAUAUUGAAGUCAUCGAAAAAACAUAUGAGUAAUAGAUUGUUUUCUUUGUUAAGUAAAUAUGAGACAAAAUUGAGCAAUUCGGUGUAUCAGUAUCAGCUUUUGAAGCUAGGUGAUGAAUUGAGCAGAAUGAAGUUUUAUAAUCUUGCCAUUAAUCAUGGCUAUGGGCGAUAUUUAAGAACUAUAGUAACAGAUCCUAGCAAUGUAUUGCUCACAAUUAAUGAGUCAAAAACUGAAAGUCAGCUUACUUUAACAUUACGAGCUGUCAUUGGUAUUGGAUAUUGUCAAUAUUAUGCUGUAAUAUGUGCAGAUGAGUUAUUUAAAUUCCUUGCAACACGUGAAUUGGGUGUUGCCAUUCUUCAAAACAUGGAAUACUGUUUACAAGCUGGAUUACAAUAUGGGAAUCUUUAUUGGCUGGUUUAUAAUGCUGUAACUUUGAGUUACUGUAUUGCUAGGAUGUUACUUUCUGUUAACCUUCACAAACAUGUGUUGAAGCCUUUGCUGUGGAGUUGUGUUGCAAUGGAGUCUUGUAUCCCAUUAUUGACAGUAAAAUAUUUACCACUAAGAGCUACAUUGUACUGCUCUGUUUGUGCUUCCUACUAUGCUUUGCAGCAGCCUGCUGAAGCUGAAUUGUUUGCUCGUAGGUCUUUAGACAAAAUUCAUCAAAUGGCCCAGAUUGAAUCUUUAACUAAUUCAAAUAUUCUAAGUAGUAAUAAAAUUUUUACUGAAGCAACUUUAAAGCUUGGAAUAAUGGUAUUUAAAAGAUCUGUUUUAGAAACACACAAAAAGACCAAAUCUGUAUUGAGACCCAAGUUCCGUCCAACUAUUAAAGAUCUAAUACAGUCAAAUUGGCCGCGUUCUUCAACUGAGAAACUUCUUGAUGAAAUGUUUAAUGGCCAUUCUGCACAUUAUUUGGCUAUUUUAGAAACACUUUCUAUCUCUGUUUUGAGACCUUUUGACAAGAAGCAACCACAACCUGUAACAGAGUUAGAUGAAGACACUGUAACUGAUGUCUAUCAAGAAUUACUGACUGCUGGAGUAGACUUAUCAUUAAAAGCAUUGGAAAUUGGAGAAACUAGUGAAUCAUUGUUAAAUUUAGCUGUUCAAGGGAGUAAUAGUAUUCCUAUCAGAUCAAUUGUGAAGUUCAUUCAUCUCUGCUAUCAGUUAGAUUGUACAGAGGCUGUUUCCAUAUUAGCACAAACUGUUGUUAACCUACAAAGUGAUUGUGUUGUUAGUAUUAAAAUUUUAUUAGCUGUUGAUGAAAUUCGUGAACUUAUAAAACAAGGUACUGAAGAUAAAAAGAUUUUGGACAGUAGUGUUUCUUUGUUGGAUUUUAUCUGUACUGUUUCCUUUGAUAAUCCUGUAACACGUAAUGUUCUAUUUGAUUCGUCUCUAAUCGUAUGGGAAAGAAUUUGUGACACUUAUAAAGGUUUAAUUUCUUCUAAUAGCAGCUGUUUUAGGUCCCUUUUGAGUUCAUCUAAAUUCCUCGAUUUAUUGAAGAAAAUGAUUCUUCUAUUUACUGGUGUUAGUUUGCCAUUUUUUGAUCCAUUGUUGUAUUGUGAAGUCGUACUAAAGUAUAUUUUGCUUCUGGAAGCAUAUGUUGGCUUGCCAGUCUCAGCUACAAAUAAACAUCAUGAUGGAGCUUCUUGUGUUAGUUAUGACCGUAGUCAGUUGUUGUCUUGUUUAGAAAUUGUUGAGAACUCCUUGAAGAAUGUUUCUUCUGUUAUAAAAUCAGGCACUUUUGCUACAAAUAUGCUAAUCCAGUGCCACACUGAAUUGUGUAAUGCAUUAUGGCGAUUGAAAACUAAGUUAGCUUCAACUGCACUUCCUGAACGUCCUACCGAAUCUUUAAAAAAACCUUCAAUGUUACCUCAUAUGGUCAAGCAAAGACAAGAAAAAUUGGAAGCCUGGCAAGAGAUUGCUGGCUCUGUUGAUACAAGUAGUCCUGUUCCUACUGAAGCUAGCCUUAAAGAUGAGUGUGGUGUUGAUCGACAGCAAAUUUCUCUGCUGUUAAUUAAUUUGGCAAUGCAUUUUCCUCAAGAGAAACAGUCACAGUUUUUAAAAGAUGCUGUUGCUCAUCUUUCUUCAGUUAAAAAUGAAUCUGCUGAUCCAACCUCAAAUGCUUCUGUACCAUGUGCACCUAUUCUUUUGGAGCAAUCUUCUACGGAAAUGACUUUCAUUCCAGCUCCUUUUGAUGCUGCUGAUGUGGCAUAUUUUGCUUUAUAUGGAUGCAUUGCUACUAGUAACAGAAGUAAAGUUCGUCUCAGUGACUAUAAUUUUCCUGGUUUGGGAAUAGAGGUUGUGGCACAGACAGGCUGUACUUUACAUGUUUCUGGCCUUCAGCCCUAUUCAAAGUAUAUAUUUGCUGUUGCUGCUUAUGGUAUGCAAGGACAGUUAAUUGGAGACAGUAUUGGCUUGUCAACAAAACCCAUAUUGGCAUCCUGUCCUCUUUCUGAUUGUUUAAUUUGGGGAUUUGUGUCUCAGACUGCUUUUCAGUUAAAUAACUUUGCUCUUGCUGUUCAGAGUUCUGAUGUACUAUGGAGUUACUUUGUUGAUCAACAGGAUGUUGAAUGGUCAUCCGUACUGCAGUAUCGUUUGAAGGAAAAAAUUGUAGAGGAAUCUCCACUCUCUUUGCUACACUUAUUCACAACUAGUGUUUUAAUUUGUGUACAAGCUAGCUUGAAGGAUUGUGAUAUUUUUCCCACUUCGACAUUUCAAUCAAUAUUGUCAUUUGAAAGCAGACGCAUGAAUUUAAUUGAAAAGCUUUGUAUUGCCUUAAAAGUGUCAGCUAAAAUUAAUGAUCACUCUUUGAGCCUGCAAAUUGUGGUUCUGCUUUAUGUGUUGCUGGUUCCCUAUAUGCAACACUUUAUAUUUAACUAUCAUUUAAUAGAGAUUCUACUUUUAUGUCAUGCUGUGUUGCAAGAGUUACCUGAUAAUCUCCUAACAAGCAAAUCAACUAUAUCAGGAAUUCAUCACAUGAUUUCCUCUUUAAGUUUCUGUCUGGUUAAGUUUGUAUCCAGUUUUAAUGAAUCCUCAUUAGCUUCAACACUAGCAGAAAAUAGUAGAUUUUUGUUGACUCUUACACUGCCCUCAAAUGUAUCUCACCGUAUUUCAUCUGCUAAUGCUUCUCUGCAAAAUCCUUCAUUGUUAUCUUCAACAUCUACUGCUCUGACUUCUACGAUGAGUUUUGCAUCUCAGAGCUCAGUUGUCCCUCAGACAAUUGAUAAGUCUUACCGCCAGCAACGAAGGAAAAGAAGGAAAGCAUUAACUUUAAGCGAUGAUAUCCCUGAUGAAGCUAAAAGUUUACAAUAUAAAGCAUUAGGAGCAUACUAUAUGUGUACUUUGGAAAUGAAACCUAUAGAGGAACUAGAUUUAACGGGUCAAGAAGAUCCUGUUUUUCUUCAUAUUGCCAUAAAAUCAUUGCCUGUGCAAGCAGCAUACAAAGAAGUGUUAAAGUUUAAAAGGCGACCACAGUACUUGGAGUACUUUGUACAUCUUUGUGGAAAAGUAAUGAAAGAAGGAAAGGGUGAUUUGAUUUGUAAUUGGUCUUCUGAUGUGUUUUUGUGGCUAUCGAAACGUAAUGAAAUAUUGCUGUCGACAAAAGCUUCUCAAAUACAUAAAUCAGAUCAGCCAAAGGAACCACCUUUGCCACCAAAGAAUCCAAUAGCCCAAGCAGCUGGACCUAGUGGAUCAUCGAGACAGCAACAUUGCCUUUCAAGUGAAAACAGUUCCAGAAAAGCUAUAACUUCUGCAGGAACCAGUCGUUCCAAAUCUGUUCAAAAAGCAGAAACGUGUCUAGCUGUACUGAAGCAAAGAAUUACACGUGAUGACCUUGGUGCAAAAGCUAUAGCUGUGUUACAGAGCUUACUUCCAUCGUUAUGGCGGGCUUCUCAUUGCCGAAGGAGACUACGUUUAGCUUGUAUUGAGGAACAUUCUUGGAGAGCUCAAGCCAAUAUACUUCUUGCAUCAUGUCUUUUAGAUCGACUAUGCAAUUCAUUUAAAAAAGACUUGCCAUUUAAGUAUUCUAGGCUGGAUGUUGAAGGCUUUUUUCUGGAGGAAAUGCUUCUCCCCUAUCCACCUUGUAUGCCUAGUCAUGAAAGAAGUAAUGUUCAAGAAAGAAAUGAGGAUCAUGUUGUUAGACUUUUGAAUCAGAUGUUUGUGUGCUAUCAAAGAGCUUCAGUGUUGAGCUCUCGUGGUGAAUGUUGGGUACUUCUUGUCAAUGCCUGUCGCGGAUUAUGGAAUGGAUUGACUAUUCUGCACAAUUUUGUCAGCAAAACUAGUACCUGUACUUUAACCUUGUCUCAGUUGUAUGGCCUUUCAUUAAAAGCAUUAUAUAUGCAGUCUUUGUUGUUGACAGAUAUGCAUUUAUGUGUAGACAAUGGCAGCACUGUACAUAUUAGCAAUCAAAGAUUGUACAGUACUAAGUUCCUUAAACAGUUUGUACUUCUGGCAAUUCAAGUUUCUUUUGUAAAUCAUCACUGGGAGAAAGUUCUUGCCCUUAGUGAAAAGGUUCUUUCUGUUAUAGACGUGUCAGACCUCUUAAAUCCUGUCAUUGUAAAGGCAAGACAGCAAUUAGCUCAAAGAAUCAAGAUUCAUUCUAGACAUUUUCAGCAAAAACCAAUUGAUCCUGCAGCCCAUCUUGAUGUCCUUAGUUAUGACCUCUAUGAUAAAGUUGGCCAUUCUCUUGGAAUGACAAAUAUGUGCCUCAGUAAUGAUGUCAAUGAAUUUUCUUCAUCUAAUAGAGCUGCAUCUGUUGCCAAAGAAAGUGGAGAAAUUUUGCUUUUACAGGCACACAAAUUACUUAUAAAGCUUCUUAAUAGACAUAGGAUUUCUGAUACUGUUGUUCCUUCUGCUGACAUUAAAAACAUUUUUGUCACAUACCAUGAAGCAUAUGACAGACUUGUUGAAGCUAAUAGGAUAAAUCUUGCUGUACAGUGCUUGUUGAUAAUGGGGAAUUUGAUGUAUAUGACUAGUCAGUUAAAAUUGGCUUGUUACUGGUGGAAGCUUGGUCUUAAGAAAGUGUUAAAAUGUGAGAAUCCUGCAAAUGAAUGGAAGAGACUCUCUGGCUGCAAACUUGAUGAAUUUUCUUGCAUAAUAGGUGGUGUAUUGUCGAGUCACAUAGCAAAGUAUGUUUGUACUACAGAAGUUAAUGUUCGAUUAGAUUAUAUUCUUUUGGCUGUUGUACUUUUUAAAAAUUUUAUACAACACCAUUCAUUACUUUUUCCAGAAAAGGAUAUUAGCUUUAUUGGUUUCAAUAUUACUAUUGGAAAUAAGCUUGAACACAAGGUCUUCAACUUUAUUGAUGCAUCCUGCCUUCUUUGUUCGCUGCAGUUUAUUGCUAAGGAAUUAGUUUAUAGCCAAUAUUCACUGGAAGUGCUACCAAUAGUUUGCCUUUAUGAAUCUGUUGCCUAUAACUGUGCUCGUUCUGUAGAGCAUACGGUGCUAGCACGCCUACUCAAAUUACAAUCAUUAGUUCAGUUAGGAUUCUUCAGUACUGCAUUUAAAUUGCUGCUUAAUUUGAUUACUGGAAAUCACUUACCUCAAUUGGUGUGUGAAUUCAACUUCAACAUCAGUAACAUUAACAUAUCGAGUGAGUUUGAUGAUCAGUCUUUUAUCAACAGCACUCAGAACUUAAAGUUCCUAAGUUUACUAACUGAAAAACAAGUUCCAAUAUCAUUAAAGGAAAUUUAUGGCAGCUGUUCAUAUAAUGAACUUAUUCUAUGUAAAGCGUUAAUAUUUAUCAAGUUGGCAGCAAUGCAUAAUGAUAUUCCAGAAUUUGAAUUAAGAAAAAUUCAGCCUCUUGGGAACACAACUGUUUCUGGCGUGAAAGCUGUGUUACUCAGUACUGCUGAAAAGGUACUGUAUGACCUUAUAAAUGACAAAACUUAUGUGCAGCAUUUCACAAUUUAUGUCAGAUCGCAUCAAUUAUUAGCAGAAAUUUCACUUUCAUUGUGUCAAGGAUUAGCUGCAACUCAAAUUUCUUUAGCUACAUUAAGAGUUAUGCAGAAAGCAUCGUACAACUUUGACCUACGAAUGUGGUUACAUUCUCGAUUACUUUUAUUGAAGUCCUUGAUACAAAUUUUGCCAUGUCAAGAUAAUCCAUUAGUUUUUGAGGAAUUUUUCUCAGUAGCCUCUAAGGAAUGUGUCUUGUAUGGUGAUUAUGAAACUAGCUGCCACUUACUAUUCACUUCUGCCUUCUAUCAUUAUAUUAUCCAGCCUCCAGCAGUUGAAGAGGUUACCUCUUUUGUUCAGUCUUGCAUUGACUUAUUAAAUCAUUGCAAAAUAUUAUCAUCAUCAGCAAAGUGCCUCAAAGUCAAUGCUAUGCUGCUUAUGGCAGAAAUUAUGUCAAGAAGUACAUCAUUAGAGAAAAUGAAAGCUAUUUAUAGUGGUAUUAUAAAAAUUUUGAAUGAUCAACUACAAGAACUUUCCAAUGAUGUUACUAGUUGCUUAUGUUUGGAUAAUUGUUAUAAUUAUCAACUCCCACUGUUUGUUGAAGCACACUUAAGGUUAAUUCAGUUAGAUUUAGCUGAUGGUACCAGCAUUAGCUCUGUUAAAUUGCUGCUGGAAAAAGUCACUGCAGUUGCUAAGCACUCAGCAAUGUCAUGUGACAGCAUGCUCUCUACUCUGGCAUUUGUCAAUGCUUCUUUGCUUGUGAAACAUGACGUCAAUGAAGCAGAAAGCAGUUCUAUUUUGGCAGAAGCAUUGUCGUAUGCAUUACCCUUUGACUAUUAUCUUCUGUGUAAGAUUUACUGUUUAUUUACCCAAGAGAUGUCUUCACAUAAGUAUAGUUUUGAAAACAAUUGUUUGGUAGCUACAAAAAGUGAGCAUACAUAUCAUGGAUGGUGUGCUCUCAAAUAUGGUGCCGAUAUACAUGAUAAACUAGAAAAGUUGCAGCAUCUGACAUGUGAUCUUUACAGCAGUCGCACAACCGCUAUACCGUCUAAAAUUGAAGUUCCUGUUGCUCUUCUUGACAUGAGCAAUAUAGCUCCUGCAUUAGAGGGCCUCAUCACUAAUACUGAUGUUCCAAGUUUGGAUACACUUCUUCCUUUCUCUCAAAAAUGUACUUCAAGAAUUUCAUGGUUUUGCCUUCUGGCCAACUUUCAGCAUUUUUUGAAACACUGUUUUCUUACUAAAUCAGAUCUAUUUGGCCACUUACAUCAUUUUUCUUGUACCCUGUUACCCAAAGCUAAAUUAUUAUUUAACUUUCUUUCAUCUAAUUGUCCAACCUUUCGACUUUGCAUCCCAGAAAAGUCAUUUAUGUCUAUUAUUCAGCACAUUUCCAAUACUGAUAGUGAGCCAAAAUGUGUAACAAAUUCAUGUUUGAAAGCUGGGGAAAAAGAAGUGACAGUUUUGUGGAUAAAUGAUACCAAUAAAGUUCAAGGCUUUGUAGGCCUUAAUGGAAAGGUAGUACAUAGUUUCGAUCCCUCUGUGUCUGUGCAAGCAAUGGAGAUUGAAUUAUACAGUUUUUGUACAACCCCAAGUAAAUUACGUAAACUACGAACAAUGUGGUGUGAUUUAGCGAAUGAUUGUGCUACUUAUCUGACACAACAAGCACUCCGUCCCCUUUCUCGUUCUCCAUCACGAAUGAGACAACGUGCCCUUGAGCAGUCAAAGCAAGUCCCACCAUCAGAUCUAACUGAAGCUAUUAACAGUGCCGUUGGUUUACUUCUGGAUACUUUUGAUCUUCCUAAGGCAUUGCAGAACAUUUUACAUGUUGAAGCUCACAUGGUCUCUAGUAUUUCACAAGCUCUAAGACCUGCUAUUGUAACAACAGAAAAAGGAGAAGCAUAUCACUUCUUUAAAACCAUACUUUCUGGUAAAAGUAUUACAUUUAAGUCAACAAAACAUAAGGAUUACUAAAAAUAUUAUUAGCAAAAAUUAAUAACCAACAUAAAAUUAAUUGUUCUUUUGUUUAAGAAAGUUGUUAAUGUUA